AUGGCGACCGCCGGCGGCGCCGUGAAGCGCGGUGGCGGCAAGCUGGUGCCUCCCGGCGGCGGCCCCCCGUGGACGACGCACACGCUGUGCGAGGCCGGGGCAGCCGCAUUGCAUUCGAUCGGCCUGCGCAGGGGCGACGUCGUGGCGGCCGUGGCGCCCAAUUGCGCAGAGGCGGCAUGCAUUUUCAUCGGGGCACUCUCCGCGGGGAUCGCGGUGGCCCCGCUCAACCCGUCGCUCAAGCAGGCGGAGUUCGAUUUCGAGAUGAGCGACGCGGGCGCCGUGGGGGUAGUGCUGCCAUCCGGGGGAUGCCCGGACGCGGAGGCCGCGGCCAAGAGUCUGGGCCUGGGCGUUUGGCGGCCAGAUUUUCCACCCGGAGCAGAAAAAUUGACUCUCGAGGAGAUCUGUCCAAGGAUGGCGCCUGAAGGGGACACGACGAGUGGAUGUGGGGAGGAGGUGGCGGAGCCGGAGGACGUUGCGGUGCUGCUGCACACCAGCGGCACCACGGCGCGGCCCAAGCUGGUGCCCCUGACGCAGGCCAACGUGGCGGCGUCCCUGCGCAACAUCGCCGCGACUUACGACCUCUGCGACGCGGACACCACGCUGCUGGUGAUGCCCAUGUUCCACGUGCAUGGCAUGAUGGCGGGCCUGCUGACGAGCCUGGCGGCCGGCGGGACUGUGGUGCUGCCGGAGGGUGGCAAGUUCUCGGCCAGCAGCUUCUGGAGGGACGUGGUGGCCAACGGGGUGACUUGGUACACCGCCGUGCCCACCAUCCACCAGAUCCUGCUGAUGCGUGCAGAGCAGGACUACCCGGCGGACAACCCGCCCAGGCUGCGGUUCAUCCGGAGCUGCUCCGCGGCGCUGGCGCCGGCGGUGCUGGAGCGGCUGGAGAGCAGGUUCGGCGCGCCGGUGCUCGAGGCGUACGCCAUGACCGAGGCCGCGCACCAAAUGACGUCCAAUCCAUUGCCGAAGUAUGGGGACCAUCGAGCGGGCACAGUGGGCAGGGGGGUCAAUGUCGAGGUUGCGAUUCUCGAUGCCCAAAAUCAAUUGGUGCCUGCGGGCACGGUGGGCGAGGUCUGCAUUCGGGGAGAAAAUGUAACCAAGGGCUACGUGAACAACCCAAAAGCGAAUGAGGAUGGCUUCGCUGGUGGCUGGUUCCACACCGGCGAUCAGGGGCACCUCAGUGAAGACGGCUACCUUACUCUAACGGGUCGCAUCAAGGAGCUAAUCAACCGUGGGGGAGAGAAGAUCUCUCCACUUGAGGUGGAUGCCGCACUGUUGCGCCACCCAGCGAUUGGAGAGGCUGUCGCGUUUGGGGUCCCAGAUGAAAAGUAUGGGGAGGAGGUGAAUGCUGCUGUUGUCCUCAAACCCGACUGCGCAGCAACCAGUGAAGAGAUCAUCUCCUAUGUGGGAGAGCACCUGGCAGCCAUGAAGUUGCCAAAGAAGCUCUUCAUCGCCACCGAGCUGCCACGGACGGCCACAGGCAAGAUACAGCGCCGACAUGUCGCCAAGCAUUUCUCAUCACAAGGUGAGCCAGUUGCAGGGAGGCCACAGCUCCAAUCGCUCGGCUAUGUGGCCAUUGCACAGAGCCUAGCAGCCUUUGGCAUUCGCUAUAUGUUCGGCGUCGUUGGCAUUCCUGUGACUCCGCUAGCAACUGCGGCCCAGGCUGCGGGAAUCCGCUUUGUUGGCUUUCGGAACGAGCAGGCAGCUGGCUUUGCUGCAGCGUGCUGUGGCUAUCUCACUGGCACGCCAGCAGUGCUGCUCACUGUGUCAGGUCCAGGCGCAGUCAAUGGCCUUGCAGCCCUGAACCAUGCACAAGCAAACAGGUGGCCGUUGAUAAUGUUGGCGGGGUCCACUUCAACUCAGAAUGUGGGCAAGGGGGGUUUCCAGGAGUGCGAUCAGAUGCAGGCGGCGCGGCCCUUUUGCAAAGCGCUGGUGAAACUGUCACUGGGUGUCGACGUUCGUGGGGCUCUUCUCAAAGUAGUGAAGGAAGCCGUUACAGGCUGCCCAGGAGCCGUUUAUGUGGACGUGCCUGCUGACGUUUUGAUGCAGCCAGCAACGAAGCCAUCCCGUGAGCCUGUCAUAUUGAAGACCCAUGCGAUGCGAGGUUCCGCAAGUCUCAAAGACGUCAAAAGUGCUGUCGAGCUGCUGAAGCAAGGCAGGCGCCCGUUGCUUGUCAUUGGCAAGGGCGCUGCGCUCUCACAGGCAGAAGAAAGUUUGCGUGCGCUUGUGGAUCAGCUUGCGCUGCCCUUCCUCCCAACGCCAAUGGGGCGUGGAGUAGUUCCGGACUCCAGCCCUCUUUACGUGGGAGCUGCUCGAAGCGCAGCACUCCGAGAGUGCGACGUUGCCCUUGUUGUUGGUGCAAGGCUGAACUGGAUGCUGCACUAUGGGGAACCGCCGCGGUGGGAUGCGAACUGUAAGUUCAUCCUUGUGGAUGUAAGCACCGACGAGCUAGAACUCCGGCAACCGCAGGUGGCGCUCAAUGGUGACGCGGCCACGGUUUGUGGGCAGCUGCUGACGCAAUGGUCUGCAUCUGGAUCGGAAGCGAUGCCACAGUGGAAAGAGUGGCAGGACAAGCUUGCACAACUUGCAGCUACGAGAACAGAGUCCUUGAACGCAAAGCUGCUUGUCGAAAAGUACCCUUUGGAUUUCUACACGGCACUGGGGGUGAUCCGGCGAAGCCUGCACAGUCUCCACAUCGAUCCUGUAAUUGUAUCAGAAGGCGCAAACACGAUGGACUUUUCAAGGACAGUCCUUUCGCACGAAACGCCUCGCUCGCGGCUCGAUGCAGGCACACAUGGCACGAUGGGUCUUGGGCUGGGCUAUGCUGUGGCGGCAGCAUUGUGCAAUCCAGAGCGGCUGGUUGUGGCCUGCGAGGGCGACUCUGCCUUCGGUUUCAGUGGCUUGGAAUGCGAAACCAUUUGCAGGUUUAAGCUCAGCGUUUGUAUCCUUGUCUUCAACAAUGGCGGUGUGUAUGGUGGGGACCGCCGCAAGAAUGCCAAUGCCGAUGGCGUGGAGGACAGCUGGGUGGAUAGGGACCCAGCCCCCACAGCGUUUGUGCCUGGCGCCAAAUAUGAGCUCGUGAUGGAGGCCUUUGGAGGGAGGGGCUUCCAUGUGAGCGAUGCCUCUGGACUGGAUGCGGCCUGCAAGGAGGCUUUCAAGUGCGGGGGUCCUUCGCUGAUCAACAUUGAUAUUGACCCAUCUGCAGGAGCUGAGAGCGGGCACCUGGAGAGUGCCAACCGCCUGCCUGCCGCUGGAGCUAAGCCCACCUGA